AGAGUCCACUCUGUCCCUAGAUGAGAUCUCAGUCUUUAUCGCUGACAUGGCGGCACAGAUAUAUUCUAUCCUAAUUUCUAUCCAAACUGUGUGCGCGGUGAUGGCGCGCUAGGGCGCAGAGUGGUGCUCAUGGAUGUGCGUUCGUUGUUGGAAGUGACAAAGGUGUGUGUCUAUGUUGGAGCUGCCUGAGAGGAGAGGCCAUUUUGUACAGCGAGGCAGGCAGGCAGGCAGGCAAGGCGUCUGUACAUGUCUGUCUGUGUAUUUUCAGGUCAGUUUAACAGGAAGCGUGCCAUUGUGCGAAUGAGAGCGAACAUUUCAGUGUUGGAGGGGCGCGAGCUAGCUGAGCAGUAGUAACAACACCCAAACCGAUUUCUUCACUUUCCUGAGCGUUCACUGUCCUUUCUACACUGUUUCCUCUGUGCAAUGGAUGGCAGGGAUCUGUUCUGCCUCUUUCUUCUGCUGUCCUCUGCGGCCCUACUACCAUGAGCACUUCUACUCCAUCCACAGCUAAUGGCAACGAUAGCAGACAGUUUAAAGGAGAUCGUUCUCCCUGUGGUCCUUCCCGAGUCCUCCACGUCCGCAAGGUUCCCAUCGAGGUGUCUGAGGCUGAGCUCAUCUCUCUAGGAGUCCCCUUCGGUAGAGUCACCAACCUGUUGAUGCUGAAAGGGAAAAACCAGGCGUUUAUAGAAAUGGCUUCUGAAGAGGCAGCGAUCACCAUGGUGAACUACUACACCACAGCAACACCUCACGUACGCAACCAGCCAGUCUACAUCCAGUACUCCAACCACCGCGAGCUUAAGACAGACAACCUGCCCAAUCAGGGGAGAGCUCAGGCAGCGUUGCAGGCGGUCAAUGCAGUCCAUUCUGGGAACAUGGCGUUGGGCGGUUCAGCAUCGGGCAGUGAUGGAGCCUUGAUGCCAGGACAGAGCCCCGUGCUGCGCAUCAUUGUAGAAAACCUCUUCUACCCUGUAUCACUGGAGGUCCUACACCAGAUCUUCUCUAAGUUCGGGACAGUCUUGAAGAUCAUCACUUUCACCAAGAACAACCAGUUCCAGGCCCUGCUACAAUACGCUGACCCGAUGAAUGCCCACCACGCCAAAGUGACUUUGGAUGGCCAGAACAUCUAUAACGCGUGCUGUACUCUGCGUGUGGAGUUCUCCAAGCUGACCAGCCUGAACGUGAAGUACAACAACGACAAGAGCCGAGACUUCACCCGCCUGGACCUUCCCUCCGGAGACGGACAGCCCACCAUGGACCCUGCUAUGACCGCCGCCUUCGGUGCUCCAGGUAUCAUCUCUUCGCCUUACGCUGGGGCAGCAGGUUUUUGCCCCACUAUCGGAUUCUCCCAAGCAGGUCUGUCCAUGCACACGAUGGCAGGAAUGGGACCCCUGGUCUCGGGACGGAUGACCCUGCACGGCAUGGCGCCCACCGCCGUUCACUCUGUCCUCCUUGUCUCCAACCUCAACCCCGAAAGCAUAUCACCACACGAACUGUUCAUCCUGUUUGGGGUGUAUGGUGAUGUGCAUCGGGUCAAGAUUCUGUUCAACAAGAAAGAGAAUGCCUUAAUCCAGAUGGCCGAUGCUACUCAGGCACAGCUUGCGAUGUCCCACCUGAACGGCCAGCGGCUGCACGGUAAGGUGAUCAGAGUGACCAUCUCUAAGCACCAGACGGUCCAGCUGCCCAGGGAGGGACAGGAAGACCAGGGCCUCACUAAAGACUUCAGCGGCUCCCCGCUGCACCGCUUCAAGAAGCCUGGAUCCAAGAACUUUCAGAACAUCUUCCCUCCCUCUGCCACCCUCCAUCUAUCCAACAUCCCCCCGUCUAUAACAGAUGACAUCCUAAAGGACCUUUUCUCUGGAACUGGAUACAUAGUCAAGGCCUUCAAGUUCUUCCAGAAGGACCGUAAGAUGGCUCUGAUCCAGUUGAGUUCAGUGGAGGAGGCUAUCCAGGCCCUGAUCGACCUCCACAACCACGACCUGGGAGAGAACCACCACCUCCGCGUGUCCUUCUCCAAGAGCACCAUCUGACCCGCCUCACCCAGCUCCCCCCCCCCCCCCCCUCCCUAGGGCCUCGCUCCUGGGCUGGGCUAGCGGGAGUGACGGACAGAAUGACCCACUUUGACUUACAAAACAACAACAGACAAAUGACUAGUUUAAAUGAUAUUGUUGAGUAAUAGACUAGUGUAAUGCAAGGCCUUCAGAUAGAGACUGAGCUGGAAGGAGUGAUGGGCGGGGAAGAGAACGUCCUUUAUCUGGCAUUAAAAGGACCCAGAGGAUGGGAGAGAGGUAUUUAACACUCUUGGGAGGUUUACACUCUUGGGAGGUUUACAAGUAUACCACAGACACACAUACAGACCCACCACCUACAGACCCACCACCUACGUACGCACAGAUACAAGCUAGUCAGUCUCAUCAGCCGGUCAGUCGUAUCAACCACAGAGCCUUAAUACGACCUGGUCAGUUUGGCUGAAUGACAGUGAAGGCCAGACACUUAGACAUGAUUGACACAGUGAACCUGACUCCUUACUGGAUGAGAACCAGGCACUUCUAGCUGUAUGGCCUUGUUACAAUGCAACUAAAGUACCAACCCCCUCUACUCCUUAUUGUUACAAUGCAACUAAAGUACCAACCCCCUCUACUCCUUAUUGUUACAAUGCAACUAAAGUACCAACCCCCUCUACUCCUUAUUGUUACAAUGCAACUAAAGUACCAACCCCCUCUACUCCUUAUUGUUACAAUGCAACUAAAGUACCAACCCCCUCUACUCCUUAUUGUUACAUUAUAACUAAAGUACCAACCCCCUCUACUCCUUAUCGUAACAUUAUAACUAAAGUACCAACCCCCUCUACUCCUUAUUGUUACAUUAUAACUAAAGUACCAACCCCCUCUACUCCUUAUUGUUACAUUAUAACUAAAGCACCAACCCCUCUACUCCUUAUUGUUACAUUAUAACUAAAGUACCAACCCCCUCUACUCCUUAUUGUUACAUUAUAACUGAAGUACCAACCCCCUCUCCUCCUUAUUGUUACAUUAUAACUAAAGCACCAACCCCCUCUACUCCUUAUUGUUACAUUAUAACUAAAGUACCAACCCCCUCUACUCCUUAUUGUUACAUUAUAACUGAAGCACCAACCCCCUCUACUCCUUAUUGUUACAUUAUAACUAAAGCACCAACCCCCUCUACUCCUUAUUGUUACAUUAUAACUGAAGUACCAACCCCCUCUACUCCUUAUUGUUACAUUAUAACUAAAGCACCAACCCCCUCUACUCCUUAUUGUUACAUUAUAACUAAAGUACCAACCCCCUCUACUCCUUAUUGUUACAUUAUAACUGAAGCACCAACCCCCUCUACUCCUUAUUGUUACAUUAUAACUGAAGUACCAACCCCCUCUACUCCUUAUUGUUACAUUAUAACUAAAGCACCAACCCCCUCUACUCCUUAUUGUUACAUUAUAACUAAAGCACCAACCCCCUCUACUCCUUAUUGUUACAUUAUAACUAAAGUACCAACCCCCUCUACUCCUUAUUGUUACAUUAUAACUAAAGUACCAACCCCCUCUACUCCUUAUUGUUACAUUAUAACUAAAGCACCAACCCCCUCUACUCCUUAUUGUUACAUUAUAACUAAAGCACCAACCCCCUCUACUCCUUAUUGUUACAUUAUAACUGAAGUACCAACCCCCUCUACUCCUUAUUGUUACAUUAUAACUGAAGUACCAACCCCCUCUACUCCUUAUUGUUACAUUAUAACUAAAGCACCAACCCCCUCUACUCCUUAUUGUUACAUUAUAACUAAAGUACCAACCCCCUCUACUCCUUAUUGCUACAUUAUAACUGAAGCACCAACCCCCUCUACUCCUUAUUGUUACAUUAUAACUAAAGUACCAACCCCCUCUACUCCUUAUUGUUACAUUAUAACUAAAGUACCAACCCCCUCUACUCCUUAUUGUUACAUUAUAACUAAAGUACCAACCCCCUCUACUCCUUAUUGUUACAUUAUAACUGAAGUACCAACCCCCUCUACUCCUUAACUAUCGGCACACCAACGUCAUGUAGUGGUGAACAUUGAACAUCGUUGUCGUUUAAACCACGUGUACCGGUAGUCUGGCUUCUCUUCAGUCACUGGAUGUCUUCUGAGCGGAUGACUUACCGGAUGAGAAUAAACAGAUGAAUCCGAGACACAACGUGUUUUUAACGGUUAUCAUCACGGACACGGAGGAAGGAUCGAAGAGCUGACAAAGCCGAUAGCGACGCUCCUCCCAACCAAUGGGCUGCCUCCGUUUUAAGUAACAUUACGACAUUGAUUGAGGGGCAACCAAGGAUCAGGCCUCCUCCUCUGUGACGUCACGGUGUGACAUCAUCAUGGCGCGACGCUGAGUAGCUCAGCUAAACAUUUGUACCACGCCACUCAGAUCACCAUGACAACAACAGCAGCUGUUUCGUUUUGUUUAACAGUGAUGGUUUUCAUUGAAAUGUCAAAAAGAGAGAAAACAGUUCAGAGCAAAAAGGGGAAUCUAAUUUACUGUGCAGAGUCCUUGGACCAGACCAGACCAGGCCAGGGCAGGCCGGACCAGACCAGACCAGACCAGGGCAGGGCAGGGCACGGCAGGCCAGACCAGACCAGACCAGGGAGUACAGUAGACUACAGUAAUGACCUGUGAAUAACAGGCAUAGCUAAUUCAAUGUGCUUUAAUUUGACCCUGAGGUCUGGUCUAUCCACAUAUCGGAACAGCCUCCCAGAGCCAUAGUCCUGGGUCGUAUUCAAUAGAAACUAACGAAAAGAAAAAAAACAUACCGAAACAGGGAUGAACUAUCCUGAACUUGUCCAAUAAGAAACUCUUGUUUUCAAGGUCUCCCAAGUGGCGCAGCUGUCUAAGGCAUCACUACAGACCCGGUUCCAUCCCAGGCUGUGUCACCACCGGCCGUGACCAGGAAACCCAUGAGGUGGCGCACAAUUCGCUCAGCGUUGUUUUGAUUAGGGGAGGGGUUUGGCCGGCCGGCAUGUUUGUCCUAUCGCGAUAUAGCGACUCCUUGUGGCGGGCCGGGCGCACUGCAAGCUGACUUCAGUCACCAGCUGUACGGUGUUUCCUCCGACACAUUGGUGCGGAUGGCUUUCGGGGUUAAGCAAGCAGUGCUUAACCUUGACGUUUGCCUCUCCCGCGUCCGUAGGGGAAAUUCAGCGAUGGGACUGUAACUACUAAACUCUUGUUUUCCGUUGCAAACCGCUUUGCUACUUUGUACACUACUGAAUACGACCCAGGCCAACUGGCCCACACCGGACCGUUUGGCUGGAGGAGAACCUCUGCUGAGAGGGGAUUGUCCCAAAUAGCACCCCAUUCCCUAUCCACUACACAAAGUAGUGCACUAAAUAUGGAAUAGGUUGCCAUUUGGGAUGCAUCCCAUGUCUGUCUGUCUGUCUGGCUCCCGUAACAAUGGUCUGUCUGGCUCCCAUACGAUGGUCUGUCUGGCUCCCGUAACAAUGAUCUGUCUGUCUGUCUGUCUCCCGUAACGAUGGUCUGUCUAGCUCCCGUAACGAUGGUCUGUCUGUCUGUCUGUCUGGCUCCCGUAACAAUGUUCUGUCUGGCUCCCGUAACAAUGAUCUGUCUAGCUCCCGUAACGAUGGUCUGUCUGUCUGUCUGGCUCCCAUGUCUGUCUCUCUGGCUCCCAUACGAUGGUCUGUCUAGCUCCCGUAACAAUGGUCUGUCUGGCUCCCGUAACAAUGGUCUUUCUGUCUGUCUGUCUCCCGUAACGAUAGUCUGUCUGUCUGUCUCCCGUAACGAUAGUCUGUCUGUCUGGCUCCUGUAACGAUGGUCUGUCUGUCUGUCUGUCUGGCUCCUGUAACGAUGGUCUGUCUGUCUGGCUCCUGUAACGAUGGUCUGUCUGUCUGUCUGUCUGGCUCCCAUACGAUGGUAUGUCUAGCUCCCAAAACAAUGGCCUGUCUGGCUCCCAUAACAAUGGGCUGUCUAGCUCCCAUAACGAUGGUCUGUCUGGCUCCCAUAACAAUGGUCUGUCUGGCUCCCAUAACAAUGGUCUGUCUGGCUCCCAUAACGAUGGUCUGUCUGGCUCCCAUAACGAUGGUCUGUCUGUCUGUCUCCCAUAACGAUCGUCUGUCUGUCUGUCUGGCUCCCGUAACAAUGAUCUGUCUAGCUCCCGUAACGAUGGUCUGUCUGUCUGUCUCCCGUAACGAUAGUCUGUCUGUCUGUCUCCCGUAACGAUAGUCUGUCUGUCUGGCUCCUGUAACAAUGAUCUGUCUGGCUCCCAUAACGAUCGUCUGUCUGUCUGUCGGGCUCCCAUAACGAUGGUCUGUCUGGCUCCUAUAACGAUGGUCUGUCUGGCUCCCAUAACGAUGGUCUGUCUGUCUGUCUGUCUGUCUGUCUGUCUGUCUGUCUGUCUGUCUGUCUGGUGCUGCUGUGUUCUAGCCUUAACAUUCCAAGGAGGGUCAUGUGGACCCGCUGAGUAGCAUUCUGGGUAAUUUAGGACUGUGUCUGUGUCAACUAACCUCAGCCCAUGUCAUGUCUCAUAAAUCGCCAGGGGAAGAAGAAUACUAAUAACAAUAUCCGCAAGGCAAGAGAUGGUGUCCGUGUUAAGAUUUACCUUAAGCUAAACAACGGGAAAUCCUUCUACAAAACAAAUAACAAACAAUGAUCUGUCUAGCUCCCGUAACGAUGGUCUGUCUGUCUGUCUGGCUCCCAUGUCUGUCUGUCUGGCUCCCAUACGAUGGUCUGUCUAGCUCCCGUAACAAUGGUCUGUCUGGCUCCCGUAACAAUGGUCUUUCUGUCUGUCUGUCUGGCUCCUGUAACGAUGGUCUGUCUGUCUGGCUCCUGUAACGAUGGUCUGUCUGUCUGUCUGUCUGGCUCCCAUACGAUGGUAUGUCUAGCUCCCAAAACAAUGGCCUGUCUGGCUCCCAUAACAAUGGGCUGUCUAGCUCCCAUAACGAUGGUCUGUCUGGCUCCCAUAACAAUGGUCUGUCUGGCUCCCAUAACGAUGGUCUGUCUGGCUCCCAUAACGAUGGUCUGUCUGUCUGUCUCCCAUAACGAUCGUCUGUCUGUCUGUCUGGCUCCCGUAACAAUGAUCUGUCUAGCUCCCGUAACGAUGGUCUGUCUGUCUGUCUCCCGUAACGAUAGUCUGUCUGUCUGUCUCCCGUAACGAUAGUCUGUCUGUCUGGCUCCUGUAACAAUGAUCUGUCUGGCUCCCAUAACGAUCGUCUGUCUGUCUGUCGGGCUCCCAUAACGAUGGUCUGUCUGGCUCCUAUAACGAUGGUCUGUCUGGCUCCUAUAACGAUGGUCUGUCUGGCUCCCAUAACGAUGGUCUGUCUGUCUGUCUGUCUGUCUGUCUGUCUGGUGCUGCUGUGUUCUAGCCUUAACAUUCCAAGGAGGGUCAUGUGGACCCGCUGAGUAGCAUUCUGGGUAAUUUAGGACUGUGUCUGUGUCAACUAACCUCAGCCCAUGUCAUGUCUCAUAAAUCGCCAGGGGAAGAAGAAUACUAAUAAAAAUAUCUGCAAGACAAGAGAUGGUGUCCCUGUUAAGAUUUACCUUAAGCUAAACAACGGGAAAUCCUUCUACAAAAAAUAAUAAAGUAAAAUAAAUCAAUUGAAAUAAUUGUUUUGAAGUUUACAAUCUUAACAAAAAGCAGAACUAUUCAAGUCUAUAUCCUAAAUGAUUGUCAAGAUUCUUUAAAGACAAAGAAAAAGUUCCUUCAUAUUUUGGUCAUUUGUUCUUUUUUCUAGAAGAGAAGAAAAGUCAUGUGAAAACCUCACUGGGUUUUUGUACCACUAUAAUCAGACAAGAAAUCAGAAUCAUAUUUACUGUGUAUUUACUUCACUUCUUAUUACGUGCCUUAUGAUGUAAUGUGUUCAUAAUCAAUAGGUUUUAGACCGUGUCUGUCAAUCAAAUGGCAUCCUAUCCCCUAUAUGAUGCAUUCAUUUAAAGUAGUGCACUAGAUAGGGAAUAGGGUGUACUUGGAGACGGACACUAUCUCAUGUACUAUCUAUGUGGUGACAGAUUUGAUUCAUGUAGAGAACUGUGUUUUAUAUGUUGGCUGUAUUAUAUGAUAUUUUUGAAAUGGAAGUUAAUGUUUUGGUGCUUUUGAGUGCACGUCUUAGAGAAAUGAACAGGAAACUCUGAAAUACCACAGUGUGUGUGUGUGUACCGUGGGCCUCUCUCUCCCUGUAGCUGUUCCAACACAUUUAUCAGAAUAAUUAUUUCAAAAUUUGAAGACUUAUUCAAAGUCUUACACUUAUUUGGGACUUGGAUGUACGCACGUAUGACGUUUUAUUAGCUCGCUUUAUGUUUUCACAUUCUAAACAGUUUUAUUAGCUCUUUGUCCAGCAGUUCUACAGCAGGAUCCUCAGAAUGCCUUGUUAUGCAAAUGGACCUCGGGUUGUAUUUUAAUUUUUUCAUUUUUCUUUACAAUCUAUUGAAGAAAAUACUGACUUGCUUAACAAAUCCGGUGAGGUCCAACAAAAAAAAGGGCUUAGUAAAAGUGAAGCCAGUUUCUACAGUAGAAGUGACGCCAGUUUCUACAGUAGAAGUGAAGCCAGUUUCUACAGUAGAAGUGAAGCCAGUUUCUACAGUAGAAGUGAAGCCAGUUCCUACAGUAGAAGUGAAGCCAGUUUCUACAGUAGAAGUGAAGCCAGUUCCUACAGUAGAAGUGAAGCCAGUUUCUACAGUAAAAGUGAAGCAAGUUUCUACAGUAGAAGUGAAACCAGUUUCUACAGUAGAAGUGAAGCCAGUUUCUACAGUAGAAGUGAAGCCAGUUCCUACAGUAGAAAUGAAACCAGUUUCUACAGUAGAAGUGAAGCCAGUUUCUACAGUAGAAGUGAAGCCAGUUUCUACAGUAGAAGUGAAGCCAGUUUCUACAGUAGAAGUGAAGCCAGUUUCUACAGUAAAAGUGAAGCCAGUUUCUACAGUAAAAGUGAAGCCAGUUUCUACAGUAGAAGUGAAGCCAGUUUCUACAGUAGAAGUGAAGCCAGUUUCUACAGUAGAAGUGAAGCCAGUUUCUACAGUAGAAGUGAAACAAGUUUCUACAGUAGAAGUGAAAUCUGUUUCUACAGUAGAAGUGAAGCCAGUUUCUACAGUAGAAGUGAAGCCAGUUUCUACAGUAGAAGUGAAGCCAGUUUCUACAGUAGAAGUGAAGCCAGUUUCUACAGUAGAAGUGAAGCCAGUUUCUACCGUAGAAGUGAAGCCAGUUUCUACAGUAGAAGUGAAGCCAGUUUCUACAGUAGAAGUGAAGCCAGUUUCUACAGUAGAAGUGAAGCCAGUUUCUACAGUAGAAGUGAAGCCAGUUUCUACAGUAGAAGUGAAGCCAGUUUCUACAGUAGAAGUGAAGCCAGUUUCUACAGUAGAAGUGAAGCCAGUUUCUACAGUAGAAGUGAAGCCAGUUUCUACAGUAGAAGUGAAGCCAGUUUCUACAGUAGAAGUGAACUGUUCUUAUAAUAUGUUUGUAGUGACACAAUACACAUUGAGGGACAAUCAGUCGUAGUGUUUCACUCAAUGACUGAAAGAUGCUUGGGUACCAAAUGGUACCCUAUUCCCUAAAUAGUGUACUGCUGUUGACUGGUUGUCAGUUCAUUUUAAAAUCCACCUGGAUAGAUAGGCUAUGCACGUUAGUAACGUAGGGUAUAAUGUUAUUCUCUGAGAAACGUACGUUACCUCGGUUCAUUAUUCCUCUGAUGUUGAGGCCCCACAACACCCUCUCAGGUCAUUUCAGGUUUUCCUCCAUUUUGCUGGUUUUUUUUGAGUGAAGCUGUUUAGAAAAUCAUCCAUCUUGUUUUUUUUGUUUUAGCUGUAAUCUUAUUCGACUUGUUUCUCGUAUGAUUCAUUUUGAGGGUAUUUUUUCAUUUGAUCUGCAGUGAUGACGUGUGUUUAAUUAGAAUAUUUUUCUUUAAAAAAGGUUCAAAACUGG